GGUCUAAAGGUGCCGUAACCGGAUUGUUUGGAGUGAGGAGGAAGGAGAAAAGGAGAGAAGAAGGAAGGGAGGAGGAGGAGGAAGGGGCUACAGAGGAGUGGACAGACAGUGGGAGCGGAGGGGGAGGCGUUUGGCUCGGCGAAGACGAGGAGUGAACGAGCGGAGAGAGUGUGAGAAACCUGCGGAUCUGGCCCUUUAAAUCUCCAAUACAGCGCAUUCGGAGAGCCAAGCCAAUGUGAGCUGAGUCUCAGUCCAGUCUUGACUUGGCAACCUUCUUUCCGGCCGUGGCUGCACCACUGCGAUCUCCAUCCAGUGACGUGUGCGGUCAGAGCGAGUCCUGUCUGCUUACCAUCAGUCAGUUUUCUCCUGUGUUGGUGUAUUCUGAUGGAUCAGUAUGUCUACCACUAAUAACAUCGCACAGGCCAGGAAACUGGUGGAACAGCUGAGGAUUGAGGCAGGGAUCGAACGCAUUAAGGUUUCUAAAGCAGCAGCCGAACUGAUGAGUUACUGUGAGCAACACGCUCGUAGCGACCCUCUGCUGGUCGGGGUUCCCACCUCUGAAAACCCUUUCAAGGACAAGAAGCCCUGCAUCAUCCUAUAGCCGCGCUACGCUCCCUCCAACACACAUUCAAAUACAGACACACAUUAAAUGCACAUAUUCAAUACUUUGAAUUGAUUCCCGGACACAACACACAUGCAAUGAACACAUCAGAUAUCGCAUUCAAACACACUCAUGGAAACGCACACACUCCCAAAGCAGCCUCUCUGGAAAUGCGCCAUAACCCGGAUCCACAGCUGGGGAGCAGGUAUCUCGUUCUCUCGGUGGCCAAAAUCAGUAUAUCACUGAGUAUGAUCCAAGGUGCUAUUGGUAAUAUUCACAUAGUGUCAGCUUAACUUUAAAGAAGGGAUUUGGACUUUAAUAAUCAGUAGAGAACCAGGAUUUUCCCUCCUUUGUCGUGAAAGUGAGGAUGCAUGUGGUCAACAGAAAUGAGCGGUAGGCGCUUCUGUAGAUCGUACCAAAUACGACCUGGUGUCCCAUUAAAAGCUCAAUAAAAGCGUUUUGUUUUAUUGUGGGAGUUAAAAAAAGAGCUCUGCCCACAAACCUGCCUGCAGGCUCAUUUUGGAGUGAGUGGCUAAAGCCUUUGCCUUUAUCGGGCCAGCAUGUUCCCACCCAAACCGGUUUGAACAGACCUUCUCCGCCUGUGGCCUCGCUGAGGCCGUCCGCAGCCUCUGGCCAAACCUCCAGCUGUGCCAACGUGUACAGGAAGUCAUCUCUUGAUGCUGAUCUGCUGUCACUGAUUCCACUUCAGUUCAUUAUGGCUGCUGUUGGUUGAAAUCGAUGUCUAAGCUGACCUCAGAUCUGCACCUAUGAGGGGAACCACUGCUAUACACAGAACCCAAGCUACUAACCCUGGACGUUUACUGCAUUUUUAUUAAGAAAUAUCUGUUUGUGAACUCAAUGUACAUUUGGAUAUUUUGUUGAAGCAUUACUUAACAAAUGUGGUAAUACUGUAUUUUUUUCUUCAUUGUUUUGCUCUGAAAUAGGCAUUGACCCUGGUUGAUCAGGUUUCUUUAAUGCUAGCAUUAAUGCUAGCAUUAAAGAAUCAACAGGAUAUUUGGUUUGUAAUCCACUGGUAACAUCUGCUUGCGUCUUAAACUAAAAGUUUAAGUCGAGAAUCAGUCUGCGAGGACUGCAAAGCUGGAGGAGAAAACUUAAGACUUUGAAAACAUAAGACUUUGAAAACUUUCGACGUAAAAGUCAGGUUUUCCCGAAGAUUUGACAUCAAUCAAUGCUAUUUCCUAUGUUCUCCGCUUAGGUGUGUUUAAUUUGAUUGGCCUUUUCUUCAAGGAUAUGGGAAGAGAUAUGUUGCAUUGCAUUGUGUAAAUGUGGAAGUGUUUUUGUUUGCCUUUAUUGUAGAAGAAGGGGAUUCCUCUUCUCUACCUUCCUUUAAUUCCAAAUGGACAAAAAUAUUACCUUGGCUUUACCCGUCUUUGAAAUUUCCAGUCUCCCCAGUAGAUGAGCUUGACCUUCAAUCUGAGGUCCCUCCUGGUUUUCGUCUGCACCCUCCUCCACAACGCUCCUCCUCUCGGCCAAACCAAACCUCCAGUGUAAAAGAUGAAGAAGAAGUGAAACAAAAAUGAAGUCAAAAGAAACAUACUAAAUGUAUAAACUUUCUUUCAGAGUGCAGAAGUGAAGAGUAGCUGUUAUGGGUUUAUUUUUUUAGUUUCUUCCUUCUAUGGAGUCCAUGGAACCUGGUCAGUUGUGUAUUACCCUGUACAGUGUUUGUAAGAUACAAAAUCUAAACACAGACUCCCCCUCUGUGGAUGUUGGAUUUUUUUUAGUACUACUUGUUCUGUUCUGUGUUUAAUUUCUUCAUUUUUGUUUUUGUCAUUCCGGUUCAUGGAGGCUUACGAUAGCAAAGGAUGGUUUUGACCACCGCUACAAAUAUAAACACUUGAUAGAAUCAAAGGCCCUGUUAGGUGAUGUGAGGCUUCCUGUUAGAGGAUCAAUCAACACCGGACCUCAUUCAAGUGGUAAAACCCAGCUUCCCUUAUCGAGUGUUGGUUUUGGUGGGCGACAGGCAACUGCUGCAACACACUCGUGCACAUAACACACUUUCUCAUGUCCUUGUUUUUUUAGGUUUGGUUGUCAGGGGUCAAAAGUUAAAGUAGUAGCAAAGCUAUGCAUUGCAAGCUGCUUUUGACGGUUUAUUGCUGAAAGUAGGGAUCUUUCUGCCAUCACAUUUACAUCCGUGCAUUUAGGCGAGGCUUUUGUCAGGCGUGAUGUGCAUUGAGAAGCAGGGUGGAGUGAUUUGGACACAGCUUACAGCUGCUGAGUGACCGUCAGGGGAGUUGAACCCACUGUUUCAUGUUUUCCAAUCCCUAAGUUAAUAUGAGCCAAGUGCUGCUUUUAGUUUUGGGAGAUGUAAGUUUAUUCUCUAAGUGUUGAGCCGUUGUUUGUGUGUGCACACAGUUCGAAAAGGCUUGUUGAAAAUACCCGUAUUAAGCAAGUUCACAGUGUUUUUAGCCCCAAAGAUUUCUCCAUUUAAUACAGAGAUCUCCAUUUUCUGUGACAAAAUGAAAAUAUCUUAAAAUGAGGCGUCUUUGACAAGUUUGUCAACUUGUCUUUUAAUGGAACAGUUGGACUGGGGAGGAUGCGUUCAGGGAAUUUCAUAGAAAUAUUGAUGCCCAUGUCCCAUGUUUAAUGGUAAUGUAAAGCUACAGACAGCCCCUGGUUGGUUUACCUAAGCUUAGUAUAAUGACUGGAAACAGCUAGCAUGGCCCUGUCCACAGGCAUCAAAAUCCAAGAGAAAACACCUUUAAGCAAACUAGUUAACCACGUUAUAGUUCAUAAGAUUAAUGAUGAAUGAAAAGUUUUUGUGUUGCGCCCACAGAGGGAGCUGAGUGAGAAUGUAUGUGUGUGUGUGUGUGUGUGUGUGUCGGUUUAUGUGUGUGUGCAGGGAAGGGUGCUGGGUGCUAAUGUUUGGCGGCUGAGAGGGAUGAUUUGGCAGAGCAGCAGGCGGAGAAAAGAAAACAGAGGUGCACACAAUUGUUAGUGUGUGUUGGUGACAGAGUCCCGGUGUACGAGAACACAUCGUCCUUCAGCACUCAGCAGAGUGUCAAGUAAUAACUUUACAGUACUGCAGCCCGGACAGUCCUGGUCAGGGUAACUGUGACUGGAGGAGAGGUCAUGUGACGCCGCCUGACUCAGAUCAACAUGCAUGUUGUCCACUCGCUUUUUAAAAAUGUGUUAGAUGCUCAUUCUGGAGAGGAGUAAAGAGGGAUUCAGUCACAAGAUAAAAUUGUGUGUUAAAGUGUCAUGACCAAUAAUAACCCCAAACAACCCACAAAGUAAUUUAUUAUUUUGCCUAUGCCUGAUUAAGUUACAUUAUAUUACCUGCAACAUAUUUUCACCCCUCAUGAACGCAUGAGAGACCUAAAGCAAUAGUUUGACAUGUUAGGAACGAAUGCUAAUUUGCUUAGCAUAGCGUUAGAUGAGAGGAUUGAUCCCACUCUCCCACAUAUUCUUCUGUUCAAUAUUUAGCAAAUGUUAGUUAGAUUAGCUCAUCUUAAGAACUGGAAGCUGGGGAAACAGUGGGCUUGGCUGUCUCAGAAGGAAAUCCACCUCUAAAUGUCACAAAGGGUCAGAUUAUAUUCAGUAUGGUAACAAGUCUUGCUGUUAUCGCUCGGAGAGAGAGGCUCUGGUUGUUAUGCUAAGCUAAUCUAACCAGCUACUGGUUGUAGCUUCAUAUUUAUCAAACCAACGAGAAAGGGUUUCAAUCCUCCCACCAAACUUAAAGCUAUUCAUCCAUUAACUGUGUUUUCCAAAAUGUCUUUUAAAACUUUUAAACAAAAUGAAUCCGUUAAUCUUAAACUUUGUUUAAUUAAAAAUGAAUAGGGUUCUUUCAUCAAGAAAGAAUUCAUCUGAAGAAAUCUAGUUACUGUGCAAACAGAGAUCAAAGUUUGGGCACAGGUUGAAAUAAACCCAGAAGUACCAAUCUAAUGUUUGCUUUCUGCAUAAUUCUAAAAGUCCAAGAGAAAAACGACUGCAGAGGAAUUCCACAAACAAACACGCAUGCAUAUCAACACACACAUUAACACACCCACUGUGAUGUUGUCCUGGAGAUGUCAGACAGAUGCUAUUUUUUAUCAUUGCAGUCAUUCCAAUCAUUCCAAAGCUGGUUGGGCUUAAAAGACAGAGACAGACAACCUAAAUUCCUGGUUUGGUUGAGUGUUUGUGUGAUGGGUUGGUUGUUGGUUUGCCUCGUAGUGGCGUCUUUGGUGUUCAUGCUGGUAUUGGGGUUAUCGGAUCAGCACAAUAAACAGUGUUAACGUGGGCUCGACAAAGAAAAUCCACUGGUUUUGCUGCGUGGAGGUCCGGUGUGAGGGGGUCGGGGUCGGGGUCGGGGUCGGGGGAGGUGGGGGAGGGAGGGAUUUUGAGGCUCCUGUUCUUGGACUUUGAAAUCAAACAUCACUAAAUUAAACUAAAGAGCCCUUCCGGAGACUCAUCUUUUGUGUUCUGCUCUCCUGUGUAUGCAUAUAGUAUACGUAUCUUUUUGCCUUGAUUGAUUAUGAAGAAAAAUAUAUCUAUUUUUUGUAACUGUUCUCUGAUGUGCCAUAACUCAUGUUUUAUUGGACACUGUUAAUAUUUUGUCGAUAUUGCUGUUAAAAAGAUGAUAUUGAAAAGUAGAUAACAUUAAUAAAAAGAUGAUAUAAUAACCC